UUCCUGGUCAUGCACCGGAGCAAAGGGAUAGAAAAAUCCAAGGUCUCAAGUCCGCCACAAGCUGCUCAUCUGUAUUGCAUCUCCUCUCUCCGCCUCGUAUCCGUCCCCCUAUCGUCGUACAGUCCGACCUUUCUAUCCUGUGUGGCUCGUCGACCUUAGAUGGCGCUGUCCUUGUUCCCCCUUCGCCGCCAUUCGCACUCUUAUACCAUCGCGUUAUCCCAGCCCAUUCGCAGACACAGUAGGAAUUGAAUCAGAACUGCUAGAACCGAAUCCAAAACAUCCAAUAUGGCGCUCCAGAUCGUCCCCAUGACCAAACAGGACAUUCCUGAGGCCGUAGAAUGCGUGCAAACGGCGUUUGCCGACGAUCCGUAUUUCCACUGGCUAUUCGAUUCUUCAGAAUACAAUAUCCACCGGAACGCCGCCUCCCUCGCCGCCCACUUCGAAUAUGGCUUGAACUGCAACACCCCGAUGUACGUCGCCAAGGUCCCUAUCAGCGAUAAGCACCCUCGCUCGGUCGUCGGCGUCAGCUGGUGGUUCUCUCCUCAACCGGCCUCCAAGCCCGUCUCCUGGUCCGUCUGGGCCCAGGACUGGCUCCUCUCCUUUCGCCAAUUCCUCUUCAACGUCCGCUUCGGCGGGAGAGGCGGUCUCAACCUCCACCGGUACCACAUGUGGAAGGAGAUGCAGCGGAAAACCCACGACGUAGUCUGGACCGACCCGCGCGGGUAUUACUUUUGUAAUGUCUUGGCUGUGAGCUCGGAAAUGCGCGGGAUGGGGCUGGGCCGGAAGCUGGUGGAGGUUGUCACGCAGCAGGCAGAUCGGGAUGGCAUGCCAUGUUAUUUAGAGAGCUCGAAGGGAGUUCCAAAUAUCAUAAUUUACGAGAAACUGGGUUUUAACUUGGUUACGGAGAUUGAUUGUGUGGAUGGGAAUGAUGCUUGCAAGCUGUAUUGUAUGGUUCGGAAGCCGAAGGUUAAGGCCUAAACCGACUACUUACAGGUUUUGCCUCUAUGAGAUCAUCGUCUGCAAUGGAUCUCGUAAUAAGCGUUGGCCACCUAUAUUGGACUCGGGCAGGUUUGUGACUAGGGCUGCGGGGAGUGGUGUCUGUUCACCCGAUGAUAUCCGGUGGGUAGAUUAUCCAUCAAUUUCGCCCCGAGCAUUGCCGCCGGGCCAGAUC